AUGUCCGAACCAGAAGUAGCAACCAAGGCCCCCGAAUCCGAUGCCAUGGAAACAUCGGCAAUCUCAACCCAAGACUCCCCGGUGCAAUCAGGAGCGAGCAUGGGCGAACACUGCGUGACAGACAGACCAAAUCCAGACCAUCGUCGACCGUCAGGUGAGAUGUCGAAAUUCGGCGACAUCGAUGUCUACAUCUCCAGACCCGGCGAUUAUCCCAACUCUCCAGCCAAACUUCUCCUGAUGCUGACGGCUGGGACCGGCGUACAUUCCACCAACAACCAGAUCCAAGCAGAUAUGUUUGCCGCAGAGGGGUUCGUCGUUGUCAUGCCAGACCAGUUCAACGGAGAUCCCGCACCCAAUUCGAAGGUGACCCCCUCUCAGGACGAGGGCUCGGGUAUCCUGGAGCAAUUCAAACUCAGAGCGGCAGAGACGGCCAAGUCGUUCCUCGUUGAUAUGUGGCUGGCGAGGCAGACUCCUGAGAAGGUCAUGCCCGUUCUCCUCAAGGUGAUUGAAACGGCCAAAGAUGAAUAUGCUGACGCCGUGGCACACGGAGGAGGGAUCUACUCGGUGGGUUAUUGCUUUGGUGGGAAGUACGUGGUCAUGCUGGCGAGGGAGCAUCCUGAUGGCGCUUCACCAGCACAGGCACCAAAGGACGAGGAAACAGGCAUGGUAAAGAAGGAUCCGCUCAUCAAGGCUGGCGCUGUUGCCCAUGCGACCUUGGUAACCCGCGAGGAUUUGAAAGCGGUCAAAGCUCCUCUUACGCUGGUGUGUGUCGAACAUGACCCUUUGUUCCCCGACGAGAUUUUGGAGGAUGGAAGAAAGCAAUUUGCGGCCAGCAACAUCGAGCAUGAGAUCAAGACGUAUUCCAAUGUUCCCCAUGGCUUCGCCGUAUUUGGGGAUUACGAUUCAGCCGCGAUUAAGGAAGCUCAGGCAUCGGCCUCUCAGCAGAUGCUCACGUGGCUGAAAUCACAUUGA